AGCUGGGAUGGAGAUGAGCUCAGCGUGGUUGGAGAGUCCUCCAGAGCUGACAAUGGCGCUGGUCUCCGGCCUCCAGCAGGACGGCGACUCCGCACUGGGCGACGACUCGGCAGAGUCUGUCAACGCGACGCUGGCGCCGCCCAGCUUCCCGCGGCCGCUGCUCACGUUCGCGGCGGUGGCGACCAUCACGAUCCUGGUGGUGGGCGUGCUGGGCAACCUGCUCACCGUCGUCGCGCUGCUGAGGUGUCCCAGGGUCCGAAACGUCGCCGCCGCCUUCAUCAUCAGCCUGUGCGUGGCGGACCUGGUGUUCUGCGCGCUGGUGCUGCCGUUCAGCGCGUCGCGCUUCGUGUCGGGCACCUGGGUGCACGGCGACCAGCUCUGCCAGCUGUUCCCGCUGAUGCGCUACGGCAACGUGGGCGUCUCGCUGCUCUCCAUCGCCAUGAUCACCAUCAACAGGUACAUAAUGAUCGCGCACCACGGCUGGUACGGCCGCAUCUACCGCCGCCACUGGAUCGCCGCCAUGAUCGCCUUCUGCUGGCUCUUCAGCUACGGCAUGCAGCUGCCCACGCUGCUCGGCGUCUGGGGCCGCUUCGGCUACGACGCGCUGCUGGGCUCGUGCUCCAUCCUGGAGGACUCGUCGGGCCGCUCCUCCAAGACGGCGCUCUUCGUGCUGGGCUUCCUCGUGCCCUGCGUCGUCAUCGUCGCCUGCUACGCGCGCAUCUUCUGGGUCGUCCACGAGUCAGAGAACCGGAUGCGGUCGCACCAGUCGGCGGCGCAGGCUCCCACCCCCGGGGGCGGCGGCAAGGGGCUGACGCCUGGGGGCGGCGCCGGGGGCGGCGUCGGCGGCGGGCAGCAGCAGCAGCGGCACGCCGCCAGGGACGUGCGCGCGCGCCGCAACGAGUGGCGCAUCACCAAGAUGGUGCUGGCCAUCUUCCUGUCCUUCGUGGUGUGCUACCUGCCCAUCACCAUCGUCAAGGUCGCCGACCACCGCGUGCGACACCCGGGACUGCACGUGCUGGGCUACAUCAUGCUGUACCUGUCGGCGUGCCUCAACCCCAUCAUCUACGUCAUCAUGAACAAGCAGUACCGCCAGGCGUACAAGACAGUGCUGCUGCUGCGCCGGCCGCGUCUGCUGUCGCUGACGCCCACUGCCAACAACAGCAGCUGCCAAGACAAGUCCAAGGACGCCAUCAGCCGCACCAUGGUGUCCCAGGUGAGCAUAGCCAUGGGGCCCAUGGUUCCACACAGGAACGACAGGAACGACGAGCUGCCGGAAGUGUUCGAAGAGCCGUGACGUCACACGCCUGCCUGACGUCGGCAACAAUCGCACCGCUCGAGCGCCACGUGACCGGGGCAACAAUGGGAAGCCGCCGGAACCGGCGUACACCACUCACUGCAUCCCUUCUCAACACUUUGAAGCGUGCGGGCGUCCGGUACAAAAUCUGAAAGUGGACUUAACGUCGGUAAAGAGUCGGACUGCCAAAGAGUUUAUCUGUUACCAAAGAUAUAAACGUUUAAUACUGGAGCUUAUUGUUGAUUUCAGAUUAUUUUCAAAGUGACAAAGACAAAGAAAGUGAUUCUUCAGCUGGGUAGUAAACCACUACCUUCGGACAGUAACAGCAGACUCGUUGUACGAAAAUUUUCACAGGCUAUCUUACCAUUUUCCUACACCACUACGUCCUCUGCUGUAUUACAGAUGUUUUUAAUUACUUCCUUUCACUACGUCAGUGUACUAGAUAACAGUUCACAACGAAGACUAACCACGCCAUACAUUUCCAUAGUAGCAACUGUACUGCGUAUUCUACAAACACUGUCAUCCAAGAAAUCUGUUCACUCUAAUAUUUGUAAUUACUUCGAACGUGUACUUGCUGUGAAAAUUGCUCAUUGACUUUGUGCAUCAAAUAUACGUGUACUGCGAAUUCCAAAUGGGAGAAAAUCGUGUGUUUGAUGGAGCGAAAAUUAGUAGUAUUUCAAGAGGUACCAAAGAUGUAAAUACUUACCUUUUUAGAACUAGAACUUACACGUGAUUGGGUCACUUUAUAAUAGAAAAUCGCAUUGAUAAAGAGAUAAAGAGAGCAUUUCCAUGCUAACAGCGGAAGGCUUCUUGUAGGUCAGUGCUGAAGUUUCCACACACUCGCAGUUUCAUAUGAGGUACCGCGGUAUGAUUCUCAUUAGGUGUCCUGCCAUUCCUUGAGCGUGCUGGAAAUAUGUUUACAACAGAGCAGAGAAAGAACUAGUAGUUAAAUUCUAGUUCUCUGCUCAUAUGUCUUCCACGGUUCUACCACAGGAAUACCAGAUACACUGUACAUCACAAAUACGAAAAGCUGCAGAGCAUACGCCACCUCCUGCUAAUUACCUAUGAUAUUUCCUCAUAGAUUAUACACACGAAUUUAAGACUGUAUAAAAUGUGUACCUGGUCAAAUAUAGACGUUUGGCAAUUUUGUAUAAAAAGAACAACCAUUGUUUCUUGGUGAAUUACCAACCAAAUAUUUUCUGUAAACAGUGUUCCACAGAUUUUUAAACAUCUUAAGAAAGCAGCAAUAAACUGCUGCAAGGAUGUAUUCUUUACUGUCGAGAGUACUUUUGAUCCGAAUGUCACCCACAGUCGACGAAGGCUGUCAGAGAUUGAUGCACUGAUAACUUCCGUCGACUGAACGUGAUCUUUUGGUCGACACAAGUCUCAACUAUAAAGAACAUAUUCUCAAAGCAGCUGUGCGUGUUUAAUAAUGACAUAUUUAUUUCAAAUACUAAUGAGUACAUAUAAACACUUCACUUGCUGAUGUGGUUUAGUUAAGGCUGUUACUUUUGGUUUUUCUAGUUUUUUCCAGGCAAAAACAAAGAUUAGCUAAGUGGUCACUGACUAGGUAUCAGAACAUUCCUUCAUGACAGUCUAGACACGAAGGCAUCGGAUUGAUAACAGAGUCAUGAUAUUCGAUUCCACGUAGAUCAUUGUCUCAACUGGAGCUUGUGACAGGUGAUAAGAUGUAUUGUAUUGUAUUGUA